UCGAUAUAAAAUCUGGUCCCCAAAUUCGUUGCCCUACUUGCUGCUACUACCACCACCUGCUGCUGCAGUAAUUACACAAACCUCAAUCAAAAACCUUCGAAGCCGAAUCCAGAACUCUCUGCAAACCACCAACGACACCGGUUUCUUAUUUUUCCUCAGUCUUGCAGUUUAUGCUACCAAGUAGUAAUCUUUUCAUUAGGUAUGGGAGACCAUGAUACAGAUAUGAUAUCUGAGACAUCUGCUGUGAUGGGCUAUACGUCUGGGAGUUAUACUUCCACAGACUAUUCUGAUGCCAACUCAAAUGUUGUCCCUGACACCAGUGCUUUCCCAUCUAAGGCUACUGGGGAUUUUGCUGCCCCUGCUGCUCUGGCUGAUAUAAAUUCUACCGUUCCUGGUGGUUUUGAUUUGGGAGAUGGGAACAUAUAUAGUACAGAUCCUAAUCCCAUCUUGCAAGAAGCACAUGUGAGUACAUCAUUUGAAGCCAAGCCAGCUGUCGGAGUUGCUAAUACUAGUGAGAAAGUCACCGAUCUAGAAAAUGCAGCAACAGAGUUGUCUCAAGCAGCUGGUAAUAUUUCUUCUGUGGAUGUUAGUGUUGGUGAAACGGGUACCCUCACAGUUGAGAAUGGAAAUUCUUCUGAUAAUAUGGCGAGAGCUGCCGAUGAGCAACAGUUUGAUGGUUUCGUACCAGCUAUGUCUGCGGAAGAAGAUCGACUUUGGAACAUUGUGAGGGCUAAUUCUUUAGAUUUUAAUGCAUGGACUUCCUUGAUUGAAGAGACCGAGAAGGUGGCACAGGAGAACAUUUUGAAAAUUCGAAAAGUUUAUGACGCUUUUUUGGCAGAAUUUCCUUUGUGUUAUGGUUAUUGGAAAAAGUAUGCAGACCAUGAGGCUCAUCUAGGCUCUGUAGACAAAGUUGUGGAGGUUUAUGAACGGGCAGUUCAAGGAGUGACAUAUUCAGUGGACAUUUGGUUGCAUUAUUGCAUAUUUUCCAUUAGCACAUAUGGGGAUCCAGACACCAUCAGAAGGCUUUUUGAACGAGGAUUAGCUUAUGUUGGAACGGAUUACCUGUCGUUCACCCUCUGGGAUAAAUAUAUUGAAUAUGAAUACAUGCAGCAAGAAUGGGGCCGUCUUGCUAUGAUUUACACCCGGAUUUUGGAGUAUCCAAAUCAACAAUUGGAUCGGUAUUUUACCAGCUUCAAAGAGUUAGCUGGAAGUCGACCUUUGUCUGAAAUAAUGACUGCGGAGGAAGCUGCAACAGCAGCUGGUGGACUUUCGGAGGAUAGUGUCCAAGCGAAUGAGGGAGAGGUUCAUCCUGAUGCUACAGAACAAUCUCCUAAACCUGUAAGUGCUGGCUUAACAGAAGCAGAGGAGUUGCAGAAGUAUAUCGCCGUUAGAGAAGAGAUGUAUAAGAAAGCUAAAGAGUUCGAUUCUAAGAUCAUUGGUUUUGAAACAGCUAUUAGGAGGCCCUACUUUCAUGUCCGGCCCCUCAAUGUUGCAGAGCUUGAAAAUUGGCAUAGCUAUUUGGAUUUCAUGGAAAAGGAAGGUGACUUUAACAAGGUGGUCAAGUUAUAUGAAAGAUGCCUGGUUGCAUGUGCCAAUUAUCCUGAAUAUUGGAUACGGUAUGUUUUAUGCAUGGAAGCUAGUGGAAUGUUGGAUCUUGCAAAUAAUGCACUUGCUCGUGCAACCCAAGUCUUUGUCAAGAGACAACCAGAGAUUCACCUUUUUGCUGCACGGUUUAAAGAGCAAAAUGGGGAUAUACCUGGUUCUCAAGAUGCCUAUCAACUGGUGCAUACUGAAAUCUCUCCUGGUCUCAUUGAAGCAAUUAUUAAACAUGCAAAUAUGGAAUAUCGCCUGGGGAAUCUAGAAGCUGCCUACUCCUUGUAUGAACAGGCCAUUGCUAUUGAAAAAGGAAAAGAGCAUUCACAGACAUUACCGAUGCUGUAUGCGCAAUACUCUCGAUUUGUGUAUAUGGUUUCUGGUAAUGAAGAAAAAGCUAGGGAAAUUCUAGUUCAAGCACUUGAGCAUGUCCAACUAUCAAAACCGAUUCUUGAGGCUUUAAUACAUUUUGAGGUAAUUCAGUCCUUACCGAAGCGAAUCGAUUAUUUGGAUUCAUUGGUUGUUAAGUUCAUUGUUCCUGACCUGGAGAGCCCCAAUGUUGCUAGUCCAGCUGAUCGGGAAGAGCUAUCGUGCAUUUUUUUGGAGUUUGUGAAUGCCUUUGGGGAUGUACCAUCCAUCAAGAAGGCUGAGGAUCGGCAUGCCAAGCUUUUCUUACCCCACCGGAGCACCUCAGAGUUGAAAAAGCGCCAUGCAGAGGAUUAUCUAGCAUCAGAUAAAGCUAAGAUAGCUAGGUCUUAUUCUGUUCCUUCACCUGCCCAGUCCUUGAUGGGUGCAUAUCCAAAUGCACAAAACCAGUGGACAUCUGGUUAUGGUUUGCAGCCUCAAGCUUGGCCUCCAGCUACACAAGCACAGGGACAACAGUGGGCCCCUGGAUAUACGCAACAGCAGGCUGCAUACAGUGCAUAUAGUGGUUAUGGAAGCAGUUACACUAAUCCACAAACGGCAGCAUCAACGCCACAAACUCCAUCUUUCGGGGCUUAUCCUAGUACAUAUCCUGCACAGGCUUUCCCUCAACAAAGUUACGCACAACCCGCUGCAGCAGCAACUUUGGCUGCCCCAGCCCAGCAGCCUGCGGCAGUUCCUCAGGCUUAUUAUGGGAGUUACUACUAAAACGGCAAGACGAUUGCUGCACUGUUUUGGCAGAUGUAAUCUAUUCUUUUAACUUGCUAGUCUCAAUACAGUCCUGGCCCGUACCAUGGGUUUUUUUAGACAUGGUUAUGGUGUAGCUAACAAGAACUAUAGGGAAGAGGUCUCUGUUUUAGUUGUUACUGGCAAAUAGAUGUUGUGUAUGUUAAUUUUCUUUUCUGUUUUUAUUUGCCUGUUAAUUUUGGGUUA